CCUUGCUUCCCAGAAUGCUUGGCGAGGUUGACCACCAAGAUGGCUGACGCUAUGGAUGAUUAUGAGAAAGAAGCUGGAUGUGUCCCCAUUCUCCAUCCAGAGGAGCUGAAGCCCCAGAGCCACUAUAACCAUGGCUACAGCGAGAACGUGGGUCGCAAGAGCCACGUGGAUGACUACAGCACCUGGGACAUCGUCAAAGCCACACAGUACGGGAUCUUUGAGCGAUGCCGAGAGCUGGUGGAGGCGGGCUACGACGUGCGUCAGCCGGACAAAGAGAACGUCACACUCCUGCACUGGGCCGCCAUCAACAACAGGAUAGACUUGGUCAAGUACUACAUAUCUAAAGGUGCUAUAGUGGACCAACUUGGGGGCGACCUCAACUCCACACCAUUGCACUGGGCCACCAGGCAAGGCCACCUCUCCAUGGUGGUGCAGUUGCUAAAGUAUGGCGCCGACCCCUCCCUCAUCGACGGCGAGGGCUGCAGCUGUGUCCACCUGGCCGCCCAGUUUGGACACACCUCGAUUGUGGCCUACCUCAUUGCCAAGGGACAGGACGUAGACAUGAUGGAUCAGAAUGGCAUGACCCCCCUGAUGUGGGCAGCUUACAGGACACACAGCGUGGACCCCACCAGGCUGCUGCUGACCUUCAACGUGUCGGUGAACCUGGGGGACAAGUACCACAAGAACACGGCGCUGCACUGGGCAGUGCUGGCCGGCAACACCACCGUCAUCAGCCUGCUGCUGGAGGCCAACACCAACGUGGACGCCCAGAACAUCAAGGGGGAGACACCGCUUGACCUUGCAAAGCAGAGGAAAAACGUCUGGAUGAUCAACCACUUACAGGAGGCCCGGCAAGCCAGGGGCUAUGACAGCCCAUCCUACCUGAAGAGACUCAAGAUGGAUAAGGAGUUCAGACAGAAGGUGAUGCUGGGGACCCCGUUCCUGGUCAUCUGGCUGGUGGGCUUCAUUGCCGACCUGGACAUCGACUCCUGGCUCAUCAAGGGCCUCAUGUAUGCCGGGAUGUGGAUCACCGUGCAGUUCCUCUCAAAGGCCUUCUUUGACCACUCCAUGCACAGUGCCCUGCCCCUGGGUAUCUAUCUGGCCACCAAGUUCUGGAUGUACAUCACCUGGUUCUACUGGUUCUGGAAUGAUCUGCCUCUGGUCACCGUCCACCUCCCGUUCCUGCUCAACAGCGUGGCGCUCUUCUACAACUUCGGCAAGUCGUGGAAGUCCGACCCGGGCAUCAUCAAAGCCUCCGAGGAGCAGAAGAAAAAGACAAUUGUUGAGCUGGCAGAAUCAGGAAGCCUAGAUCUCAGCAUAUUCUGCAGCACCUGCUUGAUACGGAAGCCCAUCAGGUCCAAACACUGUGCUGUGUGCAACCGCUGCAUCGCUAAAUUUGACCAUCACUGUCCUUGGGUUGGCAACUGCGUAGGGAGUGGGAACCACCGCUACUUCAUGGGUUACUUGUUCUUCCUGCUGUGUAUGAUCUGCUGGAUGAUAUACGGCUGUAUCUGCUACUGGCGAAUCCACUGUGCCACCAACUACCACAAGGACGGCUUCUGGGUGUACCUGACGCAGAUCGCCUCCUGCUCGCCCUGGAUGUUCUGGAUGUUCCUCAACAGCAUUUUCCACUUCAUGUGGGUGGCCGUGCUCAUCAUGUGCCAGCUGUACCAGAUUGCCAUUCUCGGGAUCACUACAAAUGAGAGGAUGAACGCUAGAAGAUACAAGCACUUUAAAGUCACGGCGACGUCCAUCGAGAGCCCCUUCAAUCACGGAUGCAUGAGGAACCUCAUAGACUUCUUUGAGCUGCGCUGCUGCGGCCUGCUGAGGCCCUUGGCGGUGGACUGGACCACGCAGUACACAAUAGAGUACGACCAGUCGUCCGGCUCAGGCUACCAGCUGGUGUGAUGCUGGUGUGAAGAGAGAGAGAGAAGAGAAGAGCGAAGAACGAGACAUCGCAGCGGGACGCACGGAUGAUGAGGGAGAGCAGGACUGCGGGAAGGAGGGAGGAUUCGGGUGUGUUUUUGUUUUUCUCCCCCGACUUUUGUUUUCCUUUUUUAUAUAUAUAUAUAUAUAUAUAUAUAUAGAUCUAUAUAUAUGUCGUCAUCAUCCUCCUACAAGCAUAUCAGAGCAAGGCUGCAUCUAAAGAGCAUGGGGAUGGAGAGACUGUGUGUGUGUGUGUGUGUGUAUGUGUCUUUCUGUCUGUCCGUCCGUCUGCGUGUGUGUUUGUGUGUGUGUUUGUGUGUGUAUGAUGGGGGGGGGAACUGGGGAGUAAAGACUGGACCAUCUCUCUUCAUCAGAACAGAAGCAAGUUCUCAGCCUACAAGCAACGACCACGCAUCAUAUGUCUUCUUUUAUUGUUUGUUUUUGUUCUAGCUGUUGUUGUUGUUGUUGUAUUAUUUUGUUUGUCUUGGUAUUAUUGCUUGGCGGGAGUCCCAACCCACAGCCUCCACCAUUGGUCACCACCCUCAACAGCAGCAGCAGUGCCUCCACCACCUCCACCUCCACCCUGAGUGGUAGCAGCAGCAGAGACCCUCUCCCCAGGCCCCCCUCCGACUCCCCUCUCAUCCCAAAACGCCAUGUUUUUUUUUUCGGCGCCAUCUUGGCCCUCCCUCUCUCCGCCGCUAACCCAAUGACUGCACCUCGACCAGAGGGCCUAAGCCAGGGGAGGGAUGGAGGAAGAGGAGGCAGAUGAGGAGGAAGAGGAGUCAAAUAAAAGGGAUUUUUUGUUUUGUUUUGUUUGGUUUUUUCCACCACCCACCGGAUUAGGGAGCAUGACUUAACAUGUAUGUGUUUGUAUGUUUGUUUGUUGUGGAUGUCCUUUUUUUUUUUUUUGGUUGGCCCCGGCAGAGUUACGUUUGUUUUUUCGGUUUGUCUUUCCAAAUGCAGUCUUGGAACGCACUUGUUCUGUAAGAGGCUUCGCAAUAUGGGGCCCCAAGUUGAUAUGAACUGAAGCGGUGCUAGGGGGUCAACGAAAGGUCGAUCUUUUGAUCCUUGUUGCCGAUGGGAUUGUGAUCAGUAUCUUGUUCCAGUGGUCUCCCCUCACCCCAAACCCCAGGCUAUUGUCCCAUCACACUGACCUGUCCCCACAGUGUAGUGAAACCAAGGGGUUUGUCCUCGGGGAGGGUGGUGUGGGGGGGUCGUUUUUGUAUCGGUUACUGAGGCGCAAGGCGAGGUCGUCUCCGUGGCGUCAAAUUGCAGCCAUCUCCUGCUCUGAAAAAUGUGAUGCAAGCAUAUUUAUUUUUUAAAAGCUAUUUAUAGAGAAUUAUGUGGAAAGGAUUUGUUAUUGGUACUGUUUGGUUCUUUUACCAGGAUGUCAUUUUUAAGAUUUUUUUUUUUUAAUCCUUUUUUUUUCUUCUUUUUAACUGAGUUGGAGCUGUCUAGUUCUCUGGUUUGGGUGUUCUUGGGAAUUAUAUAUUCUCAUGCCCUCACAGUGUAUAACUUAAAAAUCAACUACACAUAUUGUACAGUUAAUAUUUAUUAAUAUAUGCAUAGAUUUAGGAAAAUAGACACAAGCAAUUCUCUGGCCCCAUAUACAGAGGGGGUUGAGCCCGGUCUCUCUUGGAUUUCAGUGGUGGUCUCCAAAACCGAAUUCCUCGCAGAUGGUUGUUUACAGGGUCCAUUCCGUGUUUCAUGAUCACUUCCCGCCCUCUCCGUCUCUCCAGCCAGAACUUCAAAGGUUUUGCUCUGUUCCUUGUUCUUAUGGUGGUAUGUUUUGUUUGUCAUUUUUCAUCGGUUCCUUUUUUUUUUUUUUGGUUUGUUUCAUUUCGUUGGUCGGCCUAAGACAAUGCACUGAUCAGCUUUGGUUUGUCUCACGGUUACUGACGAGGAGAUUUGUUUAUUUUUUUCCCCCUCUUCCUACCGGCUCCCGAGAAAUAUUACCAUGUUUACAGAGAGUGAGGAAUUGGUGUGUGUUUGGUGAGGGGGGGAGGGGGGUUGUGUGUGUGUGUGGGGGGGUCCUUAGUUCUUAAAAGAAGUACGUGACCACCCCUGUUUUACCCACCUCCCAGGAACGUUGAGGGUCACUCGUCACUCCCUCCCGCCAGAGGACUUGGCCGCAGCCACGCGAACGAACUAUGAAAUACAACGAAUGUGCAUCUGUAUAUAGACAAUGAUAUAGUUACUACUCUUUUUUUUUUCUGUCUGUGAGUGAAUGAUUUUUUUUGUUGUUCUUUUAUUUUAUCAGUGUUAGUUCAUGCUGCUCCUUAUUUUUUUAUAUAUAUGAUUUCACUCUACCAAAAAAAGAAAGGAAAAAAAAAAAACUAACAAAAAAAUCUACUUAUAAUCUGAUAAGUGUAUGACUGUAGCUUUUAGUGAUGUCCGACACUGCUGUCUAUAGGCAUUUUAUCCUGCAAAAAGAGAAAAAAAGGAACGAAAAAUCGACAAAAAAGAUUUGAAACUCCACUGCAUGUGAGAUGCCUGAACCCCCAAGGGCUGUCCCGUAUGCCCGGAGGUCCACGCCAUCUCUCCCCUGUCACAACAGCCCAGCAAGCCCUGUGUCUGUAAAUAGUAAAUGUUCAGUAUUUUGCCAGUAUGUGUCUUUUUUUUCUCUUCCUUUGGUUUUUUCAUUUCCUUUUCUCUCCCAUGUUUUGGAAUCCUGUGUGUGUAUCUUUCAGUGCAAGUUUUCAUCAAUCCACAGGUGGCAGUUAUCCCCCCCCUCAGCCAGAACCCUGUGACAGCGUUGUAAUAUAUUUGAAUGUUCCAUACUUGUCGAUAAAAAGUCAAAACAAAGGGGUUUCUUUUUUUACGUCAUAUUGCUGGGUUUGUUAUACCACUGGAUGUACAAAUUGUAAAGCAAGAUGCAAGAGAAAUAGUGAACAACACAAGCAAAUAUUUUUUGUUCCAUUUUCGCAGAGUCCUAACAUUUAAGUCUUAUCCAAAGUAACACUCAGAAAACAAAAGUUAUCCCAGCUUUUUUGCUAACUCUUUAACGUCUGCAUCAACAGUAAUAGAGGCAUUGUACCCUAAAUCAGAGGGCCACGUCGUCUUUGCCGUCUGUCCUAGAAAUGAACACCACCGUGUUAUCUCUUUCGUCUUUCUUUCUGUCCCACCAUAUCAAGAGACCGCUGGUCUCGUCCUAAACCUGGACCAGUGUCAUCCUGCGGUUCUUCCAAGAGACUACUUGGUUCGGCCUCCUGUCUCCUCCCCCUUAACCCCCCCCCCCAUGUGGAAAAAGCACAUGAUCCUGGUCCGUGCCUCUGCACCUUUCUUUAGGACAUCACUGUAAACUUUGCUUCAGAUGUAAACAUAUUGGGCAUGGUUCAAUUUUAAUGGCUUUAAUAAAAAAAGACAAAACAUUCAAAUGUGAUAUCUCCAUUCAUUUUUGUCUCGCUCUUUAGGAAACUUUAAAAUGGUGUCUUAUCUUAUAAAACAUGGAUAAAACGCUAGAAAGGGCCCACUACAAGUCAGAGUUGUCUUUACGCUUCGUUAACUGUUGAAGAAAUCACAUGACCAUCCAUAAUAAAGUUUUUUUAUGUUAUAUUUUUA